UCAAAAUCCAAAUCUUUCUACCGAUCAAAAUCAUCACCCGAUUCCACUCCUCGCGAGACAAUCUUCACGAAAACAUCUCAAAAUCCGAUCUUUCGGCAAUGCCUGCUUUCAAAAUCCGAUCUUGCCUCUUCCUCCUCCUCCUCCUAUCCUCCGCCGUAACCCUCUCCUCCGCCGGCGGGCGACCCUCCGCCUACGAUAUGCUGGAGAAGUUCGAUUUCCCCAAGGGAAUACUGCCGGAGGGCGUGCCGAGCUACGAGCUGAAGGACGACGGUAGCUUCACGGUGUUCCUGGCCAGCAAUUGCGAAUUCAAGGUGGACGGCGGGUACCUGCUCAAGUACGACAGCAAGAUCACCGGGAAGGUGGACGCCAGGGCGCUGACUGACGUGAAGGGGGUCAGCGUCAAGGUCCUCUUCGCCUGGUUCAGCAUCGGCAGCGUCGCCCGGAGCGACGCCGCCCUCAACUUCUAUGUCGGCCCUCUCUCUGCCACCUUCCCCGUCGCCAACUUCGAGGAGUGCCCGCGGUGCCGGUGCGGCUUCGACUGCGCCACCGCCGCCAGCAUCGCCACCCAGUCGGACGAAUCCUGAACCUGGCUUCAAAAGAUGCUGGGAUAACAUAAAUGAAUAAUUUUUUGUGC